CUUUCUUUCAGUCAGAGAAAUCACACAAACCCAACCACAAAACCCUAGCACUGUAAGCCUACACCACCGCCACAAGGAGGGGGCAUACUGCCGCCGUCCGUCGCACUCAAAAUUCGCCAUCCGUCAUCUAGCUUCCCUCGUGCUCCAAAUCUUCAACCCCUGUUCGCUGUCACCGAUCGCGGUUGCUUCCUCGAGCUCGGUGUCCGUCGUCUUUGUCUGCUCAGCCGCGCUUCCGUCGCCGUUUGUUUGCCGUUCACGUUCGCGUCUUCGUUCGCGUUCUUCGCCGUUCGCGGUCGCUCGGCGUUCACCGUUCGCGUUCACUCGUUGUUCACCGUUCGAGUUCGCGUUCAUCUGGAAGCCACGUUGCUCUGCUUCAAACUCUGCGACCAGCCCGCGUGCUCCACUCAGCCGUCGAACUGCUCUCUGUUGUCCCCGCCGUGAGUUUCCUAAACCCGCAACCAGACAAUAUACUCACACAACAGACAACACCAAUACUCUUCUUCAAACUCUGCAACUUCUGAUUUCUACUACAAUAAUUGAACUACCGGUUGGACCAGUGAACCAGUGACUAAAACGGUUCGAUGACCGGUCCGGUUCUCAGAACCAGUCUCUCAAGCAUGGAGAACGCUGCAAACUAUGAUGCAAAUCAAAAAGAAGCGCCUCAUCUUGCUGCGUUGUUGAAAGAAAUGAAGGAAGGACUUGACACCGUGAAUCGCAAAAUCCAAUCCUUAACUGCCAAGGUGAAAGAGGAUCAAUAUCCUACAGCAGAUGGGUUCAGUUAUCUUGAAGCUAAAAAUUUGCUGCUUUUGAACUAUUGCCAAUCCCUUGUUUACUACUUGUUGCGCAAGGCGAAGGGGUUUUCAUUAGAAGAACAUCCAGUUGUUAGAAGCAUUGUAGAGAUAAGAUUAUUUUUAGAAAAGAUUCGGCCAAUUGACAAAAAACAACAAUACCAAAUUCAGAAACUCAUGAAAGUUGGUGAAAAUGCCACUAGAAGUGAGAUUCCAAGUGAGAAGGAGGGGGUUGCGUCUGAUAAGGCUGAGAAUGUGUCAAAGUAUCGCCCGAAUCCUGACAUGCUUGUUAGCAAAUCGGAUUUAGCAGCUCAGGAUGGUGAUGAUGUAUAUCGUCCUCCGAGAUUUGCCCCUGCUUCCAUGGAGCUAGAGAGAACUUCAAAGCAAGAAAGGAAUGCCUUGAGAAGGGAAAAAGAGAUUUUGAAACAAGCUAAGCAAAGUCAUUUUAUCAGGGAAUUGAUGGAUGAUAUGGAUGAAAGACCUGAGGAGGUAAGAGAAUUUGAGGGAAAUAGUAAAGAAGUUGAUAGAUAUAUUGCCAAGAUGGAUGAGCGUGCUCAGCAAGAGGAAGAGUUGUUCACUCGUGUUCCUCUAACAAGACAGGAGAGGAAGAGAGAGAAAUACUUGAAGAAAUCAAGAAAUGGGAUGCAAGGUCUUACAGAAAGUUUCUUUGAUGAAAUUAAGUCAUUGCCCUUUGAAAAUAAAGGUGGUGAGGAUAUAAUGGGCUCCAGUAAGGGAGGCAGCAGAAAUGGGAAGCUAAAGAAGCGAAAGAGGAGACAUUGAAUAAACAACGAAAGGCACACGUCCUAAACAAAACUGCUAUCUGGGAAUCGGAAAAAGUAAUUCUAGUUUCAACCUAAAGGAAUCUAUGGCGGAAAGAGCUGGUCUUGGAGAAUUUUUCUUCUUUAGAUUGAUCAUUUUGUUUCAGAUGAGGUGUGUUCAAAGUGGGUUAGAUUUUAGUAUUCCGUACUCCUUUUUUUUUUCUUUUUUACUAAAUAUAGGGAGAUUCGAACCCACGACUUCUUAGGUGAGUAUGAAGAGAUUAUGCCAUGUGAGUUGUAAUUCUUAUCAUCAUCAUCAUCAUCAUCAUCUUUAUCUAAAUUGAAAGGUCUAAAUUGAAAGGUAGGAUUGGAUAUUUAGUUUAUCGCAAGAGUCAAUAGACUGCAACAGAAAUGAAAUGGGUGUUUCUUUUA